UUGACACAGCGGGUCAUUGUAAGAUGAUCCUUUUCAGUGGGAAAUUUCAUACAACUGGAAUACUUUAUUGCGAGAUCAGAUCUUCUUGGAGAUUAGUAAAUUACUCAACAUGGCGGCCCUGGAUGAUUUUGUGAUGACCAUUGACGAAGACGAUGAUUCCAUUAAAGUGGAAGAAGAGGAAGAAUUAGAAGUUCCCGAAGAGACCAACGAUACCCCUGCAGCCACCGCUGACAAGAAGAAAAAGAAAGACAAAAAGACUGCCAAAAAAUCCAAGAAAGCAGAACAAAAGGCAGCUCAAGAGGCCAAUGAUUUCGAUGCCGAUUUUACAUUUGCUGCCGAUGGUGGUGCAAAAGUUGGAAACGCUCACGCAUGGGAUUUCACCGCUGCUCGUGAAAUGCUGAAAGGAAAACAGGAUGACGCUAUUCCACGCACUUCCAUCGACGAUAUCAUUGCUAAGAAGCGAAAGGAAAACAAGGAAAAGAAGAAGGGAAAAUCAUCCAAAGAAGUUACCAAAGAUGAAGAAGAAGAGGAGAACGAAGAAGAGGCUAAUAAUUUGGUUGCGGACGACGAUGAGGAUCUGAAUGCCGACGGUUUUGGUGCUGGUGCUGACGAAGCUGCAGAAGAAGAGAGCGAAGAUGAAGAGGACGACGACAGCAGCGAUACCGAAGUAGAGGAAGAAGAUGACGCAGAAAGCAAUGAUGAAAACAGUGACGAAGACGAGGAGGAUGCACAAGAGGAUGAAUUCGAGAAACAGCGUAAAAAGGCGUAUUUUGCUCCCGAAGAGGAAUCCGAAACCAAGGAGCACGUCUCAUUUUCCUCCAUGAAUUUGUCACGUCCUAUUCUCAAAGGAUUGGCAUCAUUGGGCUUUGUGAAGCCUACGGAUAUUCAGUCACGCACCAUUCCGAUUGCAUUGCUCGGUAAAGAUAUUUGCGGUGGAGCCGUGACGGGUUCAGGCAAAACCGCGGCUUUCGUUGUUCCCAUCUUGGAGCGUCUUCUUUAUCGUCCCAGACAAGUGGCUUCGACGCGUGUCCUUAUUCUGUGCCCCACCCGUGAAUUGGCAGCUCAAGUCCACAGUGUAGCGGUCAAACUUGGUGGUUACACGGAUAUUACCUUUUGUCUGUGUGUGGGUGGUUUGAGUCUCAAGGCUCAAGAGAAUGAACUCAAGCUGAAGCCGGAUGUGGUGGUGGCCACUCCAGGUCGUUUAAUUGAUCAUGUCCGAAACUCUGCCGGUUUUGGUCUGGAUACUUGCGAAAUUCUUGUGAUGGACGAAGCCGAUCGUAUGUUGGAAGAUGGUUUUGCGGAUGAACUGGGUCAGAUUGUCAAGGAAUGUCCAAAAUCGCGUCAAACCAUGUUAUUUUCGGCUACAAUGACGGAUAACGUGGAUCAACUUAUCCGUAUGUCUUUGCAACACCCUGUUCGUCUUUUCGUCGACGCCAGUAAUCAAGCUGCGACACGUCUUAUUCAAGAGUUCGUUCGUAUUCGUGCGCACCGUGAAUCCGACCGAUCGGCCGUAUUGCUGGCUUUGUGUCGUAAAACAUUUAGAAGCAAUGUCAUUGUCUUUUUCCGAUCCAAAGCCGCUGCGCAUCAAAUGAAGAUUUUGUUUGGUUUAAUGGGAUUGAACGCUGCGGAAUUGCACGGUAACCUGACACAAGAACAACGUCUUGAGGCUUUGGAGAAAUUCCGCGACAAUGAAGUGGAUUACCUUCUGGCAACCGAUUUGGCUGCCAGAGGUUUGGAUAUCAAGGGUAUCAAAACCGUCAUCAAUUACAAUAUGCCCAUGCAAUUUGCACAGUACCUCCAUCGUGUUGGUAGAACUGCCAGAGCAGGACGUAAUGGACGAUCCGUGACACUAGUGGGUGAAGCCGAUCGAAAGAUGCUCAAAAUGGCGAUCAAAUCGGCACCUUCAUCUCAAGUGAAAAAUCGUGUGGUGGCCAACGAAAUUCUUCAGAAAUACAAAGCACGUAUUGAAGGAUUAUCCACACAGAUUGAAGAAAUUUUGCAGGAAGAAAAGGAAGAACGAGCUCUAAGACAAGCGGAAAUGGAAGUACGCAAGAGUGAGAAUCUGCUGAAGCACGGAGAAGAGAUCUAUGCUCGACCUGCGCGAACCUGGUUCCAGACUGAGAAGGAGAAGCAAAAGUCCAAGGAAGUUGGUAAGAAGGAUCACAAGGCCAAGUUUGGUAUCAAGGAAGAACCACCAAAGCCGAAAGAGAAACGGGACAAAUAUGCCGGUAUGAGUCGCCGAAAGAGAAGACGUGUGCAAGCGAUAGAAGAAGAAAAGGCGGAAAGAGAAGCGGAAAUGGCAGAACGGGCCGCCAAGAAAGGGAAAAAAUAGAGAGUAGAACAAGA